AUGAAGCUGCAUGCUCAAUCAAUCCCGAAUGGGCGAGCCGGCUCUGACGAUUCUGGCUCACGAAAUGGCCAGGACGGGAGCCGUAAACGAUGUCAUACAGCUUGUACUCGAUGCCGCAGUUUGAGGAUUAAGUGUAGUGGGACAUUUCCAUGCGGACGUUGCUUGAGUGCAUCCCGACGGUGUAACUACAAGCACUCCACUGGACGAGUCAGCCACCCCCUGAGUGAGCCCGAUGCCACUCCUUUCGACUCGGCGGUAAAUUAUCCCCCGGACCCCAGGAAUGACGAGGUUCUAUCGCUUGAUAGGCCCCCAAGUCAAACUCAGAUACACAAAGGGCUGCCGACGCCGAACAGCGUGCCACCUGCUUCCGUCGUUCACACAGACCGACCGUUAGACACUUUGUCUGCCGAGCUCGAAGCUCCUGGGAUCCCUCCCUUUCAUAAUGUCUUGGCUGUGGACAACAAUAGUAUCUCGCAAUCGAAGGCAGCCGUUGAUCAACCAGAUUCCUGUGCUGAUUCCCAGGUUUUUGAUUUCGAUGCUAUUUCAUGGCCGUUACUACAUGAGAGUCUCGAGCUAGCCACAGAGUUUGAUUUUACAACAACCAGCUCUAUGUUUGGUCUGCAGCCGGCUCAAUCAGAGCCAAUCUCCCCUCAAGUACUCCUGGAGGAGGGGGGGUCCGAAACACCUGACUCUCCGAUGGGAGCAAAUAUAACGCCAUGGACUUCAUAUAUUGAGUCGGGAUUGGAUGGCCAUUCGAGAGACUAUAUGACUAGCGCCACCUUAGAUUGCCCUUCUCCUCAACAGACUGUCCAGGACCUUAUCGCCUAUGGAAUGAGACAGCAACAGAAGACUGGUCGGAUCAAUGUGGCUAUAGAUCAUUCCUCCUUUUGGCACGAUAUGUCACCGCAGGUUGCAAGUGCAUUCCGGAUUUCCUGUUUCCGUGACCAGUCCAAUUUACUCCACCGCCUUAUCGACUUGUACUUCGACAACUUCGAGCCUUUGUGGCCUCUUUUCAGCCCCCAGGACCUACAAAUUAACCGGAUGCAUCCGCUUUUGUUCCUUGUGCUAACCUCCAUUGGGGCCAUGUACGGAGACAAAGCCUGCAGCCAGUAUGGAAUGCUCAUGCAUAAUCAAAUCCGAAUUUGCCUGGUGCAGCCACUAGAGCUCGACGACACAGAUGGCGAUUUUCUUUGGCUAAUGCAAGCUCGAUCGCAUACAAUGGGGGCAGCGUUGUACUUUGGACAACCCAAAGCGUUCUCAUUUGCCCAACACCUCGGUGCCCUGCUAGUAGGCCAAGCUAGACGAAUGGAUCUCUUCACGUCUACAGACUCUUGUCUACGUCGUUUGUAUCAACCAGGAAGCUCAAUAUCUGAUACUGAUCGGCAAGCACUAUGGCUUCAUGUGGAAGGUAAGCGGAGAGUGGCGUUCGCCGUCUUCCGCGCCGAAACCUACACAAGUGUCCUCCUUCAAAGAAAGCCACUGCUUACAAUGAAAGACAUCAACUUGAUGUUGCCAUCCUGUGAUACUGUCUGGGCGAGCGAGAGGCUUCCUGCUCAUCUUUGCCUUCAGAUGAUUAAGCAUGAUCGAACUCCCAGUCGCCAUCUGAAAGCAUCCGAUCUUAUACAUAUUGCACUUGAUCAAGCUGAACCACUUCCACCUCUUGAUCCUACUGCUUUUGAACUGCUUUUACUAGGCCUGCAGUCCUGCAUUUGGAGGUUUGCCUCAGACCCUGGCCUGUUUAAUCGACUGACGGGGAGAACAAGACACGGGGAGACAUGUAACAGUUCGCCCCAGGAUCUUGAUGUCUCAUCCACAACACAACAUGUACAUCUGGGAGGCCCAGUGGACGAUCGACUUCUACCGGAGACUCUUGAUCCAUCAGAAGUCGAUCAUUUGGAAAGCACAUCUCGAAAAAUGCGCGACCUGUCUCACGACCACACUCGGCUAUUAUUCGCGUUGCAAAAAUGCGAGUCUUCACUUCCUUUAGUAAAGGCUUUCGUUCACUCAGACCGUGAUCGCACGUACUUGAUGAGUGGCUUGGUUCUUCUUCAUCUUGGACAUCUGUUGUUAUCUGCACCAGUAAACAGCCUCCACCAAAUCCAGUACGUUCUUGCAGAUGGCAAGACUCCCGACAACGAGCUCCUAGGAUCAGCCUGCCAGUGGGCAAACUCACCGCAAGCCAUUUUGGCGGCGAAAAGGGCUAUUUCCAUUUGGUCGCUGAUCGCGAAUACCUCAUUAGAGCGGGAUGGUCAAAUCCUCAAAUUCAAUCUCGUGGCCAUUUUAGGACUGCACCAUGCCGUUGUUGUUCUUUGGGCGUUCGCUGGGGCAUGUAAGGCUGCUAACACGGCGACUGAGGGUGUAUCUGCAUUAUCUCUACAUGCCACUCAGUCGCCCGCCAACUUGCCGAUUCUGGUAAACCGAGAAAAUACACCGAGGAUAAUCCACUGCUUUAUACGGGCUUAUGGUUUAAUCAGCUCAUCCCGGUGGUCUUCGUUUUCCAGAGUAGCGCAAACCUUAGCGCUGCUGACUUUUCCUAGCAACGGGAAUCAGUAA